UCCUCCAGGAUAGACGACCAGCGCUGUGCCCCUCCAGACUCCAUCCCCCGUGGCCCCACCAUGCCAGAUGAAGACUUUUUCAGCCUCAUCCAGCGUGUCCAGGCCAAACGCAUGGACGAGCAGCGGGUGGAUUUGGCCUCAGCCCAGGAGGAGGCAGCAGAGGAGCAGCAGAGGCCUGGUUCCAGCUAA